AUGGUUCCCUUGACCCACCGGCUGCUGCUCAUAGGGAGCGUGCAGGCCCAGAGCUGGUUGCGGCACCGCGGCCAAGCUGGCAGCCCUGCGCCGCUCGCCGAGGAUGAUGACGAGGAGAUGUUUGUGACCUACCUGCUGCUGUCCUUCUUCCUGGUGGCCAUGGCGGGACUGAUGAGCGGGCUGACGCUGGGCCUCAUGUCUCUGGACCAAGUGGACAUAGAGAUCCUGCACCGCAGCGGCACUGAGCGGCAGAAGCGGCUGGCCCAGCGCAUCCGCCCCAUGCUCAAGCGCCCGCACGUGCUGCUGGUCACGCUGCUGGUGUGCAACGCCAUCGCAGCAGAGGCGCUGCCGCUGGUGCUCGACCGCCUGGCCGACCCGGUGACCGCCGUGAUUGUGUCGGUCACAGUGGUGCUGCUGUUUGGCGAGAUCAUCCCGCAGGCGGCCUGCUCGCGGUACGGCCUGCAGAUAGGCGCCUACUCGGCUCCCUUUGUGCGCCUGCUCAUGAUGCUCACCGCCCCCAUCUCCUACCCCAUCGGCUGGGUGCUGGACCAGGUGCUGGGGCACAGGCACACCGCGCUGUUCAGGCGUGCCGAGCUCAAGGCUCUGAUGGACAUCCACAGGGAGGGGCAGGAGUUUGGGGGGCACCUGUCGGCAGGCAAGCACACAAGACAGCACGGACGCACGGCGGCGCGGCUUGCCGGGUGCCAGGUCCCGGCCACGCCCCGACACCCGCCGGCGGUCUGCCACCGCCGCUCCGCGUACGAGGUGAGCAUCAUCAAGGGCGCGCUGGACAUGACGCACAAGACGGCGCGCGACGCGAUGACCCCCAUCGACAUGGUCUUCAUGCUGCCCGCCGACGACGUGCUGGAUGAGGCCACGCUGACCGCCAUCAUGGCCUCGGGCCACAGCCGCAUCCCUGUGCACCGCCCCGGCGACCGCCGCGCCAUCCUGGGCAUCAUGCUGGUCAAGGAGCUGCUGCUGGUGGACAGGAGCCAGGGCAAGACGGUGGGGCGCCAGAAAGUGCGAUCCAUUCCCUCAGUGCGCGCGGACACCCCGCUGUACGACAUGCUCAAGCUGUUUGAGAUUGGGCGCAGCCACAUGGCGGUGCUGAUGCAGCUGAAGAAGAAGGCGGCGGAGCGGCGCAAGCAGGAGAGCGAGGCGGAGCUGAUGCACAACAUCGACUCCAUGAGCGACGACCCCAGCCUGGAGUCUGCCGACGAGGAGCAGGGGCUGCUGUCUCCCAGGCCCACCGCGCAGCCUGAGGACUUCAUCUUCGACUCGGCGGGCAGCGGCGCGGUGUCGCCGGUCCCGAGCGGCGGCGCGCGCGGCGCGACCCGCACGCUGCGCCUGCCGCCGUCGGGCCGCGGCGGCGGCCAGCCGCCCAGCGCGGGCGCCAGCGCCAACAACAGCACUCACGGCGGGCUGCUGUACAAGCAGGGCAGCGUGGGGGCAGCGCUGGUAGCUGAGGCGCUGCGGCAGGAAGUGGCGCUGCAGCUGGCGGCGGCGGCGGCGGCGGCGGCAGGCGGCGGCGUGUCCCGUCCCUCGCGCUCCCGCAGCCGCUCGCCGCUGCCGACGCGCGGGGCCAGCCGCCACAGCCUGAGCUCUCCCGAGCGGGCGGUGCUAUGGCCGCCCGGCAGCGCAACUGUCGCGCCAGCGGGGCACGUCCAGCCCGGCAGCGGCGGCGGCGGCGGCGGCGGCGGCAGCGCCUCGGGCCAGCAGCCGCUGGACGUGCCGCCGCCGCUCUUCCCCGGCCUGCGCCGCACUCGGUCGGAGCUGGCCAACAGCAGCGGCGCCAGCACGCCGCGCCUGGUCGUGCCGCUGCCGCCGCCGCCCGCGCGGCGCAGCACCAACCUCAGCCAGCGGGUGCAGGAGCAGAUGGACCUGCUGGAGCCGCUGCUCAUCACCAGCAGGCGCGCGUCUGGCGCCUCCAGCGGCGUGCUGUCUCUGGAGGGGGAGGCUUCGGGGGGGGCGACCGCGGGCAGCGAGGGGUGA